GGAGUGUAAAUCAAUAAAAAUGUGAGUCAAUGAGUGAUGGCCGAACGCAAGACAAACCCUCAUUCCUUUUCUUCAUCCUGACCUUGACAAUGGCUGCCAAAUCAACUGAGGAAGCAGUGUCCAUCCGAUCGAUCAUCAAGAGACUUGUGCUCGAACCUGAAACCUUCGGCCCUGAGCAGGCCGCUCAAGCCAUGCAUGCCAUCAUGGGAGGCCAUGCCACCACCAGUCAGAUUUCCGCUUUUCUAAUCGGGUUGAAACUUCAGGGCAAAGACCUUGACGCCGAGAUUGUGGCUGCCUGCGCAGAAACCAUGAGAGCUUUUGCCCUCCCAAUACACUACAGCGAACACGCUCACUUGGAGUCUUGUGUGGUGGAUAUUGUCGGUACGGGAGGCGACGGUCACAACACGUAUAACGUCUCCACCACAGCUUCUCUUGUGGCUGCUGGAGCCGGUGCCAAAGUUGCCAAGCAUGGUAACCGUGCCUCAUCUUCCAAAUCCGGUUCAGCAGAUCUGAUGGAAGCUCAUGGCUGUCAUAUUAGCAACGUUACACCAACCCAAGUGCCUCACAUCAUCGACACUACCAACUUUUGUUUCUUGUUCUCGCAAACUUAUCACCCUGCCAUGAAGAACGUUGCUGCUACACGCAAGGAGAUUGGUGUCCCCACCAUCUUCAACUUGUUAGGUCCUAUGAGCAACCCUGCUCGACCUGCUCGAACCAUCACAGGCGUUCACUCACCCGGUAUUGGUUUGUUGAUGGCCAACGCAUUGAGAUUGACGGGUGUCAAGGAAGCCAUGGUUGUGUGUGGCGCUGAGAAAUUAGACGAGAUCAGUCCUGCUGGCGAGACUGAUGUAUGGCGAUUACAUGAGAACGGAGAGAUCGUCAAACAGACGCUUCACCCUACUAGAGAUUUCGGACUGCAGACACAUCCAUUGUCAGAGGUGAAAGGAGGCGACUGCCACGAGAACGCCAUCAUUCUUGAGCGAUUACUCAAUGGCGAACUUCCUGCAGGCGACCCCAUUCUUGACUUUGUUCUUUUGAACGCUGCUGCUCUUUUAGUAGUGGGUGGUGUUGCGAGCGACUACAAAGAUGGCGUAGAAAAGGCUAAGCAGUCAGUGUAUGGAGGAGCUGCCAAAAAGACAUUUGAAGCUUUCAAAGCUGCUACUCUGCCAUAGAACAGUGGGUCGAACUGGAUCAUCCAAAAAAAAAAAAAAAGCCUGGACAUGAGUAGCUCUUCUAUUAUUUUUUUCUUGCGCUACAAAGACAAAAACAUCAGAUACCACAGUGUGGAAGUUAAUAAACUGAAAUUCAAAUUGACUCUAUGCACUGCGCGCGUUGGGCAUGUAAAGUCACUUGGACACCACG